GUCACACUUGAGCCUGGGGAGGCCGAAGAAGCGGACGAUACAUGACUGCUCAAAAGACAUAAGAUAUGUUUUAUAGAGCACGUUUAAUCCUCGCCUGAUUCUUCCAUCACAUAGUUCAAGUGGAACAUUUAGCACGCCUUAAAAGCUACCUUUAGUAACUAUGCAGAGCAGCUCUAUCAAAAGGCUGCGUGCAGCGCUCUUACGAUGUCUAGCAUUAUUGGCUACCCCCGCAGUGGCAAGUUGCCUCUGCUCAACAGCAGCUCAAGCAUGUUUGAUUCUCGCUUCGACGUUGCCAGCUGAAGCGUUCGUUGCGCCGAACUCGACGGGCUACCAGAAGGUUCAGAACAGCUACUGGAGUGAAACGGCGGGUGACCUGAGACCGGCUUGCAUCACACGGCCCGGAAGCACCGAGCAGGUGGCCUCCAUCGUAAAGGUACUCUCGACCUGCGGUAGUGACGUCCGAUUUGCCAUCAAAAGCGGGGGCCAUGGAUCGUGGCCGGGCUGGUCCAGCACCGAGGGUGGAGUUCUCAUCUCCUUGGACUUAAUUAACGGAGUUCAGAAUGUGGCUGACAAGGGCUACGCUGUCGUAGGCUCUGGCGCGCGAUGGGUUGAUGUGUACAAGUCGCUCGAGCCUCAAGGGGUGACUGUCAUUGGGGGCCGAUUCGCAUCAAUUGGCGUCGGGGGGCUGAUUGUUGGAGGAGGCAUCAGCUACUUCACCGGGCUGCACGGCAUGGCAUGUGAUAACGUGCUCAACUACGAAGUUGUUCUUGCCGACGGUACUAUCGCUAACGUCAAUCAAACCUCCAAACCUGACCUAUUCCGUGCACUAAAGGGCGGCGGUAACCAGUUUGGCAUCGUGACGCGCUUCAGCCUCAAGACAUACAAACAAACGACACAGGUUUGGGCCGGCAUCUUGACCUUCUCUAUCGACAAGGCUAGCCAGGUUUUCAACGCCACGCAGGCCUUCAUUGACAGAUACGACCCUCUAUCGCACAUGUAUCUUAGCAUGGGAGGGGGCUCCAACCCGCAACUGUCCUUCAUCAACGCCUAUGUAUUUUAUGAUGCCUCUUCCCCACCGGCUGGCGAGGCCAAUCCUUUUGCCGCCUUCUAUGCAGCCAAACCUAUUGCAGACACCACCUCCACACAGAACUAUUCGGCCCUCAUAGCGUCGAACAACAAUGGGAACACACCUCAGCAACGUUGGCUGAUCGGCGGCCAUACAUUCCCCAACCUUGUGGCGCCGUACGGCGCUGAUUUGUACUUGAAGCAGUGGCAGGCCUUUCGAGACAUGGCCAACGCCACAGCAACUGGUGAUCAAGCUCUUCUCUUUUCCAUGGCGUUAGUACCAGUUCCAGCACGUGCGAUGCGAGCUGGUGAGAACGUCACAGGCGUAAAGAACGUGCUUGGCCUUGAACCUGACGCUGGUGAUGCGGUCUGGAUUGACUACACGCUCGCCUGGCUGGAGGCCAAGGACGACGGCAAGAUGUUCGAGUUUGCAGAGCGCAUAAGCAAGGCCGGGGAUAAGCUGGCCACGUCCUUUGCGCCCGGCGUAGCCAGCACAAACGCAAUCCAGAGCGCUGUAACAGCCAAGGAGGCAGAGUUCUACCGGACUAAUCCACGGUACAUGAAUUAUGCGCUUCUGGACCAGCCUGUCCAGUCUAGUUAUGGUAAGGAGAAUAAGCAGUUCUUGCAGCGGGUGCAGAAGCGAUAUGACCCGGAUGGGCUGUGGAGAAAGAAUGGCGGUUUUCUGUGGGGUUGAUGAAUAUCUUUCGCUGUGAGAAGGGGGGAUAUGCAAGCUUUCUACUAUAGUCCGGCGGUGGAAACCUGUGUAGACGAUUUCGUCCUUCUUACUACGUUCUAAAGUCGCUCUUCUGUUGCACUUUCGCCUCAUAAAGCCCGAUAUAAUGUCAGUGCCCGUGACACAGAUAACCCUUGCGACAUGGACCGUUUCUGUAGGUACCGUUUGAAGCUUCACGCGAAACCAGACUAUUGCGGGAUUCUCAAGCUCCUUUAUAGAGGCUGCAAUCACAGAACCAGGUGUUGUACCCG